AUGGCUACGGUUCCCCAAUACUUCAGGGACCUUUAUCCAACACCCUGCGAGAAUGCACCAGCUCCCCACACGAUAAAGAAUUUCCUCAAGAAGAUCGAUCAGAGAUCGUACGAAGGUAAAGUGCAGGAGCUAUGGGACUAUCUGGCUGGGGAAUUCACCGGUUCUUUGGAGCCCCUGGAGCCCUUCUCCGAGCAUAUCAGAAAGGGAGGAGAAUUUAGUGACUAUCAGAACUUUCCUCUCGAUCGCAUACGCUACGAGGGCCCGCAGGGCACCACUCGCUCGUAUAGUGGGAGCUCGUUCUGUGAAAAGUAUACGAAACGGAGGAGCGAACACGGGGUGGAAGACUACCUCAAAAGACACAAACCAGAUCUAGUGUUUGCUGCCUCGCGCGCGCACGAGCAAAGUACCAAACGCGACAAAAAACGCCGUAAACCAAAUGACCAGCCCGACCAAUCCACCCAUUCCAAGACGUCCAAAUUCUAUCAGGAUUUCGAACUUGAGUCCAACGAGUAUCUGGAUUCGAUCCUGUCCUUGGUGUUUGAAUUAAAGGGGCGAAGGGAACUUCCUUCCAAGCCUUUCCUGCAGGAAGCUGUGUAUCUCAUCGCAAGCUAUGACGCAUGUGGCUGCUAUCUCGGUGGGUUUGCUGUGGGGAAGGAGUUCGCUUGCAUGGUGGUCAUCAACAAGGAGACCAUUCUGUUUGAGGUUCCUGAGGACACGCAUUUGACAACCCUUGGGAUUGAUGACAUGAUGGCAUUCUUGGCCCACGAUUUCUCCUUCCCCCAUGCGUUUAGCGAUGACGCGGAGGACUUGGACUUCAUCUGGCGGUAUUUCAAUAUCGCUUGGGAUGCUAUCAAAGAUCUACCCUUCGGCAGGCGGUUGCCGCGGGUUCCGCAACCUCCGUGGCUGUCGCGGGAGGGUGUUGGGGAGAAGUUGGAUAUACCCCUGGUUGAAUUGGGGGGUGUACACGAGAGAUUGGCGGACUUUCUGAAGCAUGUGCACAGAGUGAAACCAAAAACGGCCACCACCUCCUCUAGUAAUGUGUUGAGUGGAAAUCUGGACUCUGUCCCUACCGCCUCUCGACCACGCUCCCAGAGCCCCCCUCGCCAGUAUGACUUGCAGGGCGAGGCCUCCUCAUCCCUCACUCCCAUCAGCAACCUCGAACAGGAAGAGGAAAUGAGCAAUGUAGAUGAUGAAGAUGGUGCAGAUGAGGAGCACGACGAGGAGGAGGAGGACGACGAUGGGAGCGACAAUCCAAACCCUGAUUCAACCGGCAAUGGCAAGAAGGACGACCCUGGCGAUGACCCUUCCGGCAAUCUUGGGGGCAGUGGUGAUGGGGCCGAUCCUGGCAUGGGCGGUGGUAAAAUUGGGGUGCUGCCCAACACGACGGAGUUGACCCCUGCACCGGGUGACGGUGGUAGUGCAGUUCGCCAGCAGGGGUAG